AACUUUUCAACAUAUUCGCAUUAUCCUUCGAUAUGGACAUAUCGGAAUCUUCAGGUUACAGAGAUUUUGAAUGGGCGAUUGAACUAAACCGUCUGUCUUUAAAUUGGAUCGGCUUAUGGCCUAAAUCUGACGAAUUCGCUCUGAAAAGAUUCGGGCCUGACAUUCGUGUGGGCUUUACUUUUAUUAUGAUAACAUUUUUCUCUCUAAUUCCUCUUGUUUAUGCGCUCACGCGAGUUUGGGGCGAUAUGAUACUAAUGAUAGACAAUUUACGAGUUACAUUACCUAUGCUGUCGGUUUUAUUAAAACUUGUUAUCAUGCGAUGGAAGCAAUCAAUUGUUUUAUCGAUCAUUAACAUGAUUAGAGAAGAUUGGAUGAUGUUAAAGUUAGACGCAGAAAGAGAUGCAAUGAUAAAGCGUAUGAGGACCGCUCGACUGAUUGUAAUUUGUGCAUACAUUUUGAUGAUAUUUACGUUAAUUGUGGUUACCAUUCUUCCUUUAUUUGGUUUACCGUUCAGACAUCUAACAAAUCUCACUGAUCGGAACAAACCGUUACCGCUCCAGACAUAUUAUUUCUAUGACACAGAUAAGAAUCCUCAGUUCGAGUUAACAUAUCUUACUCAAAUCGUAGGGGUGUUUCUGGCCAUGAUAAUUUAUACGUCAGUAGAUACUUUUCUUGGAUUCGUGAUUCUUCAUAUCUGCGGUCAAUUAGAAAACUUCAGACGCCGUUUAGUCAAUUUGAUCGUCGGCAAAGAGUUUAACAAAGCUUUGAGAAACAACGUAGUGACUCAUUUACGACUUAUCAGGUAUGUCAAUAACACUGAAGAUAUAUUCACUUUAAUGAUGCUCGGAUCAAUAAUAUACAUUGGCAUUAUAUUUUGUCUAACCGGAUUUGCGUUGCUUGUUGUGAUUAAUAAUGAGAAGAUAAAUGCCGUGAAUGUCUCACAAAUAUGCUACAUGACAGCAGCUAUCAUUAUUUUUUUUAUGCAAAUGUUUUUUUAUUGCUAUGCUGGAGAGCUAAUUACAGAGCAAGUGAGUUACAACUUUUUAGACGUAUACAUAAAUAUGAUGUACAUUAUUUGUCAUUUUACUAGCUGGUUCGAUGAUCUA